AUGGCAGCCGUUCCGGCUGACCCCAGCAGCAAUGCCAGCCCAACGUUACUGCGCAAGCCAAGCGCUGUCCGCUCGAUUAUGGCAGGCAUGACAGCCGGCGCAGUCGAGAUUGCCAUUACAUACCCUUUUGAGUUCAUGAAAACUCGGUCACAGCUGAACAGACGACUCCCAGAUUCCAAGAAGCUGCCGUGGCCACGGUUUCCUUCUAAAGAAUGGUAUGCCGGAUGUACCACUCUGAUCAUUGGCAACUCCCUGAAAGCAGGCGUACGAUUUGUCGCCUUUGACUUCUACAAAAACCUGCUCGCCGAUGCCGACGGCAAGGUGUCAGGUCCCUUCACUGUCGCUGCUGGAUUUGGCGCCGGCGUCACAGAGUCGUUACUCGCAGUCACACCGUUCGAGAGCAUAAAGACACAGCUGAUAGACGACCGCAAAAGAGCACAACCUCGAAUGCGAGGCUUCCUGCACGGUAGCCGGAUUAUUGCACAAGAGAAGGGCAUAAGAGGCUUCUUCCAGGGCUUUGUGCCCACAACGGCCAGGCAGGCCGCUAAUAGUGCUGUGCGAUUCAGCACGUAUACCAGUCUAAAACAAUUCGCUGAAGGCUAUGUUGCUCCUGGUGAGAAGCUGGGAGCGAUAAGUACGUUCGCAAUAGGUGCUGCGGCCGGAUUGGUUACUGUAUACUCUACGAUGCCGCUGGACACCGUCAAGACAAGGAUGCAGAGUAUCGAGGCAAAAUCACUCUACAAAAACAGCUUCAAUUGCGCGGCAUCAAUUUACAAGAACGAAGGCGUUCUCGUUUUCUGGUCCGGGGCACUGCCUCGUCUAGGACGACUGUCUCUCAGUGGAGGGAUUGUCUUCACAAUGUAUGAGAAGACCAUGGAGCUAUUUGAUGUGGUCGAUCCAGAUCGGAAGAUUAUAUGA